CUAGCCAGGAGCUGCGAGCCGAGUGCCGGGCUGGGGCCGGGGCCGGAGCGCAGCGGAGAGGGAGCGCGCCCGCCCCAGCCCGAGGUCCCCUGCCGCCGGGCCGGGCGCCAUGGAGCCCGACAACAGCCCACGGAAGAUCCAGUUUACGGUGCCGCUGCUGGAGCCGCACCUGGACCCGGAGGCGGCCGAGCAGAUUCGGAGGCGCCGCCCCACCCCUGCCACACUUGUGCUAACCAGUGACCAGUCGUCCCCAGAAAUAGAUGAAGACCGGAUCCCCAACCCACUUCUCAAGUCCACCUUGUCAAUGUCUCCACGGCAACGGAAGAAGAUGACAAGGACCACACCCACCAUGAAAGAGCUCCAGACAAUGGUUGAACAUCACCUAGGGCAACAGAAGCAAGGGGAAGAACCUGAGGGAGCCACUGAGAGCACAGGGAACCAGGAGUCCUGCCCAUCUGGGAUCCCAGACACAGGCUCAGCGUCAAGGCAAGAUGCCUCUGGGACAGCACAAAAGCCUGCAGAAUCCAACCCCAAGACUCAGGAGCAGUGUGGAAUGGAACCCAGCACAGAGGACCCUUCAGCCCACAUGCUACCACUGGAUUCCCGGGGAGCCAGCUUGGUCUGACAGAAGUUGGCAUCCAGGGAUCGCCACUGCAGUGUGGAAAUUCAUGGACACUGGACGUUUCUUAAUCUCUUGUUUUUAAAAGCGAUAAAUUUGGUGUUAGGUC